AUGUUGGCCAACCCGACAUGGUGUAAUUCCCUCCACUGUUAUCGCAAUAGGCGCGUGAUCCCUUAUCAUUCAUUAUGUGCUCGAAAUCGAAGCGGGCACUUUGUUAAGCGUGCCAAGAGACGUCAGGGACGUUUGUGCGGCGCGACUCCGCGCUGGGCCAUCGCGAGCCAUAUCCUUGGUUCCAUUUCUUGCUCUUCGGGCGGCGUGGCGGCAGAUGUGGCAGCCCGUGAAUCAGUCAUGAACCACGCGAAUAGUUUGCAUCCUCAUAGUUGA